AUGGUUGUUAAUACAGUUGGUGCUUCUUGCAAAAGAAAAGAUAUGAUUUUGGAGGCAAAAAAAGAGAGAGUGGAAAACGAAAUUCUAGCGGGUGAAAUUAACACAGGAAAAGGAUUAAACCAAGAGGUUUCCCUUGCCCGACCAGGAGACACACGAUGGGGUUCUCAUCAUAGAACCAUCAUAAGUUUGUUGAAAUUGUUUCCGGAAGUUGUUGAGGUACUUACUUUUAUUAAACAAGAUGGAGAGACCUUUCAACAACGAUCCAAUGCGUCAGGCCUCACAAAUGCUCUAUCAAAACAUCUUCAAAAAAAGAGUCAAGACUUGUUAGAAGCAUCUCAUUUGAUAAGCGGGACAAAACGAGCUUUGAAUCAUUUAAGACAAAAUGGGUUUGAAAAGAUGUUGGCAAACGUAACAUCUUUUUGUGAAAAAAACAACAUUAAGAUGUUAGAUAUGGCGGAAAGUUAUGGUAAUAAAAGAAACCGAAAGUAUGUCGUUACUAACCGACAUCAUUUUGAAGUUGAGGUUUUUAAUACGGUUUUGGAUAUGCAACUUCAAGAACUUGGAAGCCGAUUUAGUGAGGUCUCAACUAGUUUGAUAGAAAAUAUGUCGGGUUUAAAUCCUUGUAAUUCGUUUGCUAAAUUUGACAUAUCAAAGAUAGUGAAGUUUUCUGAAAUGUAUCCGAAUGACUUUAAUAAAGAAGAAAGAGGGGUUCUUACGGGUGAUCUUUCGACAUUUUAUCACACUUUAAAGGAAGAUGAUAAAUUUGUAAAUUUAACUGGAUUGAGUGACCUUGCUCGUGUAAUGGUGGAAACCGGAAAAAAUGAAACUUUUCCUUUGGUUUAUCGAACAUUGAAGCUAGCACUGGUUUUACCGGUUGCAACCGCAACCGUUGAAAGAUGUUUUUCUAAAAUGAAGCUUAUCAAGACGGAUUUACGCAAUCGGAUGGGUGAUGAGUAUUUGAACAACGCUCUAAUUUGUGCGGUCGAAAAAGAAAUUUUUUGUAAAGUAAAAGAAGAGGAUGUCAUGGCCCGGUUUCAAGCUAUCAAAAACCGAAGAGGAGAACUCAUUUAG